AUGUAUCAGCUGGAAAUAUGCGGCGCAAAUACAAAAAGAGAAGGCAGGCCUCAGGAGUACGGGUACGACUUGUGCGAGAGAAAGCUCUUCUACUGUUUGCGUCAGGAGCGCGACGAGUCACGAGAUUGUGCAGCGGGCGAUAAAGCCAACAGAAACCGUCAGGCGAGGAAAAAGCUGUCAGUACUAGAGACAAGGUCGGAAAAUAACUGCACUGGCGUUGUUUGCGGGUUCGCCUCGAUGGGCGUUGUCGUCAAGAGUGAUGCUGCUCUUUUCUUGGUUCGUGAGGUGAUGAUGGAUGAAGUAGGAGAAGAAAAGCUGAGGCGAAUGAGCGUGACAGGUGGGGCAGCCUUUUUAAGUGUCGCAGUUUGGUUCCAGGUCACUCAAAUCAUUAUUCCGGGCUUGGGUUUUGACAGUUUAUCCGGUGCCAACCCAGAAGAGGAAAGCCUCUGA